UCCUCCCUUGGCCCACUGCUCUGGUCUGCUCUGUUCUCCUCUCCAGGCCAGCUUCCAGACUCCACUGGGGGCAGCAGAAACCACUCUGCCUCUCUGUCUCCCUUGUGAACUGGAACAAUGGGCACCCCAAACCGUAGAAGUCAGCAGCGCCUCCCAUGGGACCGCAGGCUCUUGCCAUGAGGUUACGGUUUGGCAGCUCUGAACCACUUCACAUAUAUGUGAAGAUCUCACAAGUAAACACACUGUAGAGAACAGGAGCGGGCUUCUCACAGCUGGACAAGGUUUCGGGGGCCAGAGCCCAGUCACUGCUGCCCAUUUGUGUGUGGGCUACACUUCACGACUUGCUUCUAAUGGACAGAACGUGAACAGAAGAGUGGCUUCACAGUGGGGAACCACGUGGCAAAGGACUUGUACCGAGAGGUGAUAUUUCCACAUUUGCCUCAAGUUCAAAAAGCACACCUGGCAUCUAAGGACUUUGCCUGAUGCCACCCCAAGGAAGUCCUUCACCCUGCUGCCACAGGAGGGUGUCUGUCCGUGGGCGUCAGCCCUUUGUUUCAAGGUUCGUGCAUGUGUCUGUGGCCCUCUUGGGGCCAGACACACCCCUGGAGUGCCAGUCACUGAAAGCGGCAAGCAGACAGGGGUCUGACUGCUCUCGGGCGCUGCCGGGCACUCACAGCGCUCUCCCUCCCAGCCCUGGGAAAAUCCAGACAACAAAUUAAUUUGUCCUUCGUGGAUUAUGUCCUGCUGGAAUCUCUCCACAAGAAAAGUGUUCCUGGAGGAGGCUGAGCCCUGCAAGGCCGCUGCAGACAGAAGCUCUCAGAUACCAGGCCAAGAGUUCGGUCCAAAGCCUUCCCCGAUGAAGCUUCUAGCACGAGCAACAGGACAGCACAAACCAAUGAAUCACUGCAAUAGACAAACAGAAAUGAGUUCAUUUGCUAUAACACAGAAGAGAUACGCAGCUUUGCUUUCCUCUACUGCCACCCAGCGUCCACAGAGAGUUUGACCAGAACUGCAUCAGUUUCCUUCAGCCUCGGCUCACAUUUUUGCGGUCAAGUAACCCUUUGAGAAUCUGCUUAAAUGUGGCCCAAUUUGCGAAAACACCUAUGGCUACUCCAAGGUUUCCAGAUAAGAAGGUCGAAGUUCAGAGAAGAUUUCUGAGGAGCCACAGUCACACAGAAGGGAAGUGCAGAACCAACAUUCAAAUGGGAUUUGGUCUCACUUCAAAAUCUGAAGUCUUUUCUGAACCCCAUCUGUCCCUUGCUUGGCAGUGAACGAAAAAUUUUGCUGACUCCUGAAAGAGACCAGUGAGACAGAAUCAAGUCACCUGCCUUGUGACAAAGAUGGCAUUGCAGAACCAUGUUGGAAAGAUUAAUAUUCUAACAUAUAAUCCUAGGGCGUGUGCGGUCCAGCGCGGCGAGGCUGCCGCCUGCGAACACCUGUGCUCAGAAGCAGAAAGCGGCGGGCAGCCCGAACCCAGGACCCGCGCUUCCGCCGCCGCUACCCGCCGGGUGGAAAGUAGCCGGCGGCUGCGGUGGUUACCAUGGAGAUUCCGGCGUGCGGCCCUGAUUGGCUGAGGCACCUCGGGCCCCACCUCUUCCGCUUAGCGCCGCGGGAGGGGUACAGAGAGGCCGAGAUUUCCCGGGGACUUCGGGGGAAAAGGAAAGUCCUGGAGAACGGAAGCGGAAGCGACGCACCCCGAGGCAUUCUGGGAGUGGUAGUUUGUCGUCGGGGGCCUUCGGACGCCGCGGUCGAGCGUCCUGGGAGUUGCGGGUUGGUCGCCGCCGUCCCGGGAAGGCUGCCUGGAGCCUGGAUUCUCGUGAGGUCGGGGCGGCACGGGGACGCGGCGCAGAGAGCCCGGCCCUGCUCUCGUACCUGCGCUCCGGCCGGGAGCCGCGGGCUCUCCGAGCUGCGGCCUGACGGGGACGGGACCCCCGCGGCCCCCGGAGGCCGUGAAGGGCCGGAGCGCCCCCAGCGCAGAGGAAGAGGGGAGGCGGAAGGAGAAGGGAGUGCCGGGAAAAGACCUGCGUAAAGGGGACCCUGGACGGAGCCGGCGUCUGUGCUGUCUGCGGCAGCAGCUUGGGUGCCGCGGGCCGGAUUUAAGUCUGGGGCCUGCACGCCGCGGCCCCUCGCCGGCGAGCCUCUGCUAAAACGUUUGCUUGGAGACCCCCAGUUUGGCUUGAAGCCGUUGUGUCUGUGGGGGGCUGGUGGAGACUUCCCUUUCUCCUUACCCCGUAACCUACACCUUUGCAAGGUUUUCUAACACUUGCUGAAAAUUUGAGUAGGUAGAUCUUUGUGUAGUUAAGGCAGCAAAGUAGUGGCUUCCACAAUUUAAGUGACCGUUCGUUUGCGAUUCUCAGAGGUUUCUUCUGUUUGUUAAAAAGGAAAGGGGAGCAAUUCCGCAUUGCCUUCCGUCAGCAUUUCUUUGUACCAGAACAUCUCCCUCCCAUUAGUAUUUCUACCCAAACGUCGACUCUGAUCUGAGAUCCCCUUUGUGGUACCGCCCUGCCUUUCCCAGCCACUCUGAUAACACCUCUCUCCAAGUCUCCCCGCGUGUCUUCUCUGGUGUCUGUUUUGUCUUCUCUGUUGUCUGGAGGAUUCGAUUUGAAGGCCAGAGCAGUUACCACAGAGAAGACCAUUAGAAUAUACUUUUGAGUAGCUCCAUCCCUGUCAUCAUGGAAAGGCUCAGAAGGGAUGUGUCCCAAGAAUAUUUAUUUGAAGAAGCCUGUGAAUGUGGGGCCAAAGUAGAAAAGCAAAGGGAAGAGUCUGUAGGCAAAAUUUCAAAAAAGUGUCUUGUUCAAAAUACUGUUUUUCAGCAAGUGGUAGUUGCCCAUGAAGAAUUAGCCUUUCAGGAAAUUGGGCAUAAUUUCAGUGAGUUUGAGAGAAGUUUUGGUCUAAGGUCUAAACUUACUCCACAGCAUAUUACUCAUUUAGAAGAAAAACCACUUAUAUUUGAUCCAUUUGGGAAAAGUGUCAAAUGGAACUUAUCUUCAAUUAAAAGACAAAGAAAUUCUAAAAAGAAAACUUACAAUUGUAGUGAAUGUGGAAAAAAUUUCAGUGACCAUUCAAACUUUUUUCGUCAUCAGAGAAUUCAUACUGGUGAGAAACCUUAUAAAUGUGAUGACUGUGGGAAAACAUUUAGUCAGAGUUCAUCUCUUCCUGAACAUCAGGGAACUCAUACUGGAGAAAAACCCUAUAAAUGUAAAGUCUGCGGAAAAGCGUUCAGUGUAAAUUCAUCUCAACACCGGAGAAUUCAUACUGGGGAGAAACCUUAUAAAUGUGAUGAAUGUGGGAAAGCCUUCAGUGACUACUCAUCUUCUAUUCAACAUCAAAGAAUUCAUAGUGGAGAGAAACCCUAUGAAUGUAUUGUUUGUGGGAAGUCCUUCACUGAUACCUCAUCUCUUACACAGCAUCAGAGAAUUCACACUGGAGUGAAACCCUAUAAAUGUAAGGAUUGUGGGAAGGCAUUCAGAAGAAGUACACACCUUACCCAGCAUCAGAGAACUCAUACUGGGGAAAAGCCUUAUAAAUGUAAUGAAUGUGGAAAAGCUUUCACUGCCCACUCAACUUUUACACAACAUCAAAGGAUUCACACCGGAGAAAAACCCUAUACAUGCUGUGAAUGUGGGAAAGGCUUCCCUGAAAACUCAUCCCUUACUAAACAUCAGCGAAUUCAUACUGGAGAGAAACCCUAUGAAUGUAAUGAAUGUGGUAAAUCUUUUAGCCAGAGCACUCACCUUAUUCAGCAUCAGAGAAUUCAUACUGGAGAGAAGCCCUUUAAAUGUAAUAAAUGUGGAAAAGCAUUUGGUAACAGCUCAGUCCUGAUCAGACAUCAGCAACUCCACACUUUAGAGUCAUACUAAUGUUAUAAUUUUGUGGGCUACUUCAUCCUUUCAUGACCUACUCUUACUUUUUGAUCAUAGGUCCCUUACCAUGUCACCCACUACUCUGUUUAAAGUUAUAAUAUCUAGGAAGGUUGUACUCCUUGAAUAAAGUAAAAAUAUUACAUACUAUUUCUAAUUUAAGUCCUCACAACAAAGCUGUUGUAAACAGCAGUAUCAAUAGAUUAAGCAACUUCCAUGCAUCUAUCUGGGAGCUGUGUGGUUGAUACUGCCAUCUCCCUGGGAGUCGUCUCUAAAUCCAUUUUAUAAAACAGCUAAAAUGAAAGGCUGUUUUCUGUCACCGUAUGCUUUCGAAUCAAAUUCUCUCAGGUCCCAACUUAUCUUUCAUUUCAGAGAUGCCUCACUAUCAAAACAAUUAUGGGAGUCUUUAAUAUAUUCAGCCAUAUUUCCCAGAUACACUGGCCCAAAAUGCCAUUGGUUCAUCAAUCCGAGAUGAAAUAUGAAUAACAUAAUACAGUGUCAUGGGACUCAUUCCACAGUGGAAAUUUGGUUUAUGUAUCCACCUGUUCUUUCAACCUGAUCAUCUAAAAGAUUGGACCACCGAGAAAGUUCAUUGGUCUUUUAAGACUCCAAAGCAAAUCUUAUGACUGCCUGCAUCUUCCAGUCUUCCAGAAUAUUUUUCAUACAUGCCUUUCUGUUCAAGGGUGACCUUACCACUCAUGUUCAACACUGCCAUCAUGUAUUAGUUAAAGAGAUGAAGAAAUUUAUCAUCCAUACAAAUUUUCAACUCAACAUCUACAUAGCUGACUUGGAUUCUUGUUAGACUGGGUCCAAAGAUCAAACCUGGGAUCUGGUUUCCCACUUCUAUACUCUGUAACUUAUAGUGGCUUUUCAUCACUGGUAAUCAACCUACCCUCUGCCUUGGUACAUUCUUGGGGCAGAAUUCAAGGUAGAAAUGGCAUUAAAAACUAUUGUUCCUCAGCAUGAGCAGAGAAAGCCCAAGUGGAACUGGAAAUUUAGCUAACUUCAGAAUACUGUUAGGCCUUUAGACUCACUGUUAGGGCAGUUGCUACAUAAAUAGUUGUGCUGACCUAUUUUGUACUUCGGGGACCUGUUUUGCAUGACUUGAUUUCUAUCCUCAUUUGGUCUUUACCACUUCUACUUCAGUCUUACUUUCUGGUCACUUUGUGUCUGGUUCCUCCUAUUGAUUUUCCAUUCUUAAUUAAUGGAAAUUUCACUGGUAUCUGGUCUUAAUCUUAGCUGUGUUCCCA